GCCUCCUAAAACAUCGCUCCCUUUUAAUCCAUUUCCGUUCCUUGCUUGCUUCUGCAAGAAAAUUCUCUGCCAACCUUUUUAUCUUCUCUCUUAGCCUUCGUAAAAUCUAUUUUCAUUUGGUAAGAAAACAAUGAUUCGUAGGGGUCGAUGCUUGCACAGUUUGGUUCAAUCUUUACGAAUUAGUUCUUCAUCACAGCUUGGAGCUUACAUUUGUUACACUUCGCAAGCUGCAUCUUCUCAACAGCGAGUGAACAAGCCAUCGGCUAACUUUUCUGAUGGUGAGGAUGAGUAUGCUAAUCUGGAUUGGGAUAAUCUUGGAUUUGGUGUAACUCCAACUGAUUAUAUGUACCUGAUGAAAUGUGCUAAAGAUGGAAGUUUUGUGCAAGGACAACUUAGUCGCUAUGGAAAUCUUGAAUUGAGCCCAUCUGCAGGAGUCCUCAAUUAUGGACAAGGAUUAUAUGAAGGCACAAAAGCAUAUAGAAAAGAAGAUGGUCGUUUACUGCUCUUUCGGCCAGAUCAAAAUGCCAUUCGUAUGCAAAUGGGUGCUGAUAGAAUGUGCAUGCCCUGUCCCUCCAUCGAUCAAUUUGUUGAUGCAGUUAAACAAGUUGCCUUUUCCAACAAGCGUUGGGUUCCUCCUCCAGGGAAGGGAACUUUGUAUAUUAGACCUUUGCUUAUGGGCAGUGGACCUGUAUUGGGUUUAGCGCCAGCUCCUGAGUACACAUUCCUCGUAUAUGCCUCUCCUGUCGGAAACUAUUUCAAGGAGGGCUCAGCACCGUUGAACCUAUAUAUUGAAGAGGAGUUUCAUCGUGCCUCUCGUGGAGGAGCUGGCGGUGUCAAGUCCAUCACGAAUUAUGCACCUGUUCUAAAAGCAAUAGCCAGAGCAAAAGGCAGGGGAUUUUCUGAUGUUCUGUACCUUGAUGCAGUGAAUAAGAAAUAUCUGGAAGAAGUCUCUUCUUGCAACAUCUUCGUUGUAAAGGGAAACGUAAUUUCUUCUCCCCCAGCAAAUGGUACUAUUCUGCAAGGUGUCACUCGAAGAAGCAUCAUCGAAAUUGCUUGUGAUCUCAACUACCAGGUUGAGGAACGUGCUAUUCCGGUAGAUGAACUGAUGGAUGCCGAUGAAGUUUUCUGCACCGGAACCGCAGUAGGUGUUGCUCCUGUGGGCAGUAUCACUUAUCAGGACAGAAGGAUCGAAUACAAAAUCAGAGCUGAAUCAGUUUCUCAGGAGUUGCAGUCAACUCUUGAAGGAAUCAAAAGGGGUCUCAUUGAGGAUAAGAAAGGCUGGAUUCUCGAGAUGCAGUAGGCAUUUUAAGCAUUCAACAAAUAUAAAAUGUGCAUUUUUUGGUUUGGUUCCCAAAAUGCGAAGAUGUAGCUUGAGCUUUUAAAAGGCUACUCAUGUUAGCAGAAUAAUGGUCCAUAAUCAUACAAAAAAAGAAAAAAAGAAAGGACAAUGCCAGAAAUGCAACAUCCAGAAGACCAGAACCAAACACCUUAUGGUUUCUUGUUCUGACCUUUUUAAUGAAAAUUCUCUUAUUUGUAUUGUAAGAGCAGAAUGAAUCAUAUGAUUAUUAAUUUUCAUUAA